AUGGAUAAUUUUAAUAAAGGAAAUUUUUCUUUUUAUAAAAAGAACAAAAGUAAUGAAAGUCAACCCAGAUACAAAUACGAAGCUAUAAGAUUUAAUAAAAGUGAUGAAAAUAAAAACAAAAAAAAUAUAGAAAAUAAUAAAGAUUUAGAAUCUUAUAAAAGUUGUUUUAAAAUAAAAGAUGAAAGUAUGAACAAUUAUAUAAGUAAUUCUUUAAAUAAUUUAGAAACAAAUUACACAAUAAACAAAAAACAUUAUAACCCAGGUAUUUACAGUGAAACCAAUACGGAAAAUGUUAAUAACCCUAUAAGUGAAAAAGGCAUGGAAAAUAAAGAUUUUAAAAAAGCAAAUAAAGUUGUAAAAGUUAAAAUUGAAGAUAAAAAAAAUGAAAACAUAAAAGAUGUAAACAGAAAUAUUCAAUAUAAAAAUAAAUUUAAUAAAAAUAAAAAAAUUAUAAAAGAGGAUAACAAAAACAAUAUAUCAAAAGAUAUAAAAAUUAGAAAAAGUAAUAUUUUAGAAUUAAAUAAGCUAUUAAAAGAAAAUUUAAGAAUUGAAGAAAAUAUAAACAAAAAAGAAGAUACUGAAGAAGACGAAAAGAAAGAAAAGGACGAAGAAAAGCAACAACAACAGAAAAAAGAAGAGAAAGAAAAAGGAAUAAAAAAAGAAAAGGAAAAAGAACAAAAAGAAAAAAAAAAAGAAAAGGAAAAGGAAAAGGAAAAGGAAAAGGAAAAGGAAAAGGAAAAAGAUAAGGAAAAAGAAAAAGAAAAAAAGAAAGAAAAGGGAAAAAAGAAGAAUAAAGAUAAAAAUAAGGAUAAAUUGAAGAAUAAGGAAAAAGAUAAAGAAAAAUUUGCUGAGAGAGAUAACACAAAAGAUAAUGAAAUAAAUGAAGAUAAAGAAAAUAAAAAUAAAGAAAAUAUUGAUAAUAUUGGGGAUAAAAAUGUUAUAAAAUCUCGAAAGACAAAAAAUAAAAAAAAUGAUAUUAUACAAAACAAAACAAAUAAUAAAAAUGAUAUUUAUAUGAAUAAUUUAAACUCUUCCACAGAAAAAGAUACUGAUCUUAAAAAAAAAAAAAAUAAUCUAUUAGAGAAUAACAUGAGAAAUGGAAACAAUGAUAACUCCCUCAUUUUUUUAGAAAAUAAUAAUUAUAAUAAUAGUAGUAAAAUUGAUAAUGACAAUUCAAAUGAAAAUAUAAAAUCAUUUUUAAAUAAAAACAAUAUUGAAUUAUAUUGUGAUAAUAAUUAUUUCAAAGAUGCAAAAAGUUUUAAAAAUUAUAGUUAUAAAAAAGAAUUAAGAAAUGAUAUAUUAGAAAUAAAUGACAAUUUUAUUAUCAGCAAAUUUCAUUUAAAUAAAACCAUUUCAAAAAUGCAAGACAAUGAAAAUUAUAAUUUUAAUGAAAUAGUAAAUUCAUAUAGUAAUAAUAAAUUUAACGAUAAUACAUUAGAUGAAGAUGGUGAUGAUGUUGAAAAUAGUAGUUAUAUAAAUAAUAAAAAUAAAACUAAUAAUAACAAAAAAGAACAAAAAGAUGUUUUUAAAGAUAAUCUUAUAUCAAAAAAUAAUAUAGUUAGUAGUCAGAGAAACAACAAUAUCCCUAUUAAUUUAAAUAAUGAAAAUGAUAAAAUGACUGAAGAUAGUUAUAAUAAAAAUAGUGAAGAUAUUACUAAUAAUAAUAGUAUUGUCAAUGAUAAUAUUAAUAAGAAAUAUAUGAAUAAUAAUAGUUUUCAAGAUUUUAAUAAAAUUAAUUUUAAUGAUGAACAUGUUAAUAAAAAUAGCAAUAUUAACAUUUUAAAGAAUAUCGAUACUACUAAAAAUAUUUUAAGUAGUAAGAAUGUUAAUAAUAUAAAUAAUAUUUUAAACGAUGAUAAUAAUAUCUUAAGUAAUAGAAAUUACAAUAAUAUAAAUAAUAUGUUAAGUAACACUAAUAUGAAUAUUAUUUUAAGUGGAGAUAAUAUUAACAUUUUAAAUAAUAAUAAUAAUUACAAUAAUAUAAAUAAUAUUUUAAAUAAUAAAAGAAGUACAAAUGUUAAUAAUAUUUUAAAUAAUAGUAAUAAUCAUAUUAAUAAUAUUUUGAAUACCCCAAAUUAUAUGAAUAAUACUUUAAUAUACGAUGCUAGUAACAGCAUAUAUAAUGAAAAAGUUGGCAAUGUAAAUACUUUUUCAACUAUUAACUUAGAUAAUUUUUCAAAUAGUUAUUUAAAUAGUAUUUCUCAUAGUUUCAUAAAUAACCACUUAAAUAAUAAUAUAAAUAAUCAUUUAAAUUAUAAUAGAAACCCACUUUCAUUGAAUAAAAUAAAUAAUUUUCCUAAUAGUAUUAAUAGUUCAUCAAACAUACUAAACAGUAUUUUGAACGACAAUAAAACUAAUAUAGUUCUAAACAAUGCAAAUAAUACUAUGAAUAAUUCUAAAAGUAAUACAUUAGUAAAUAAUAGUUCUAAUAAUAUGGAAAAUGUUCUAAUUAAAAAUAUAAAUGAUGUUUCUGGCCAUAUUAAUAAUUUAAAAAAAAACAAAAAUGGAGAAACAGUUGAAAAUAAAUGCGAAAUAACUUCGACAAAGGAAAAUAAUUUGAAUGUUCCGGAUAAAAAUGAUAAUAAUAAUGAAAAAAAUGAGCCAACGAAAUUAUUGGAAAAAAGUGAUUCAAAGAAAAUUAUCAUUGAAAAUAAAGGUGAUUUAAAAAAUUUGAAAAUAAAUAACAAUAAAAACAAUUUUUUAGAAAAGAAAAAAAAGACAUAUUUAGCUGAAAUAAUAAGAUGUGAACUAAUAUGGGGACCAACAAAAAAUAAAGAGCCAAUUACACCAGUAGAAAGUUGUGAAUUACAUCCAGUGGUAAUCAUAAAAGAUAAAUUUGGGCAUUUAUAUGAUGAUGAUGAAGAUAAUGAAAAUAAUCCUGUUGGAAAAACGGUAAAUAUUUUUUAUAGAUGGAGUAGGGGACCACCUAGAACUGUGUGUUUUUUUCAUCCACAAAAAAUUGCCUGCUUACAAUGUACUGUAACAUUUAGAUGUUUUUGUUCUUAUGAAUGUUUUAUGAAAGGUUUUAACCAUUUACAUAAAUAUUAUAAAAGUAAUGGCUCUUUUAAUAUUCCAUCUCAUCCUAAUUUGCAUACAUACGGAGUACCUUGUUCUCCCUUUGAUUGGGAUAACUAUGAAAAAAAUAUUGAAUUUGAUGAAAAGCAUUAUAAUUCAUUGAUUCAAUCGGGAUUACUAAAUGCACCAGAUAAAGAAGUAUGGGAAACUAUUCACAAUGAAAGAAAUUAUAUUCCAUGUAACAAGGAUAUAGGACAUCAGUUAAUGCUAGAAACUAUGUUACUUGAUAAAAAUAGUGUAUCAUCUGAUGAUUUGAGUGCUUCUAUAAAUAACAGUCAAUCAAAUGAAAAUAGCGAUUAUAAUGAAUCUUCUGUUGAUGAUGAUAUUUCCCAAAAUAACCAAAAUAAAAUUGCAUCAGUGAGAUAUAUGGAUGUACAACAAAAUACUCUUAAUAAUAUUCUUUUAAAUAAUUAUAAUGAUGUGCAGUAUGAUACUCAUAAAAAUAUGCAUUUGAACAAGUAUAAUGAUAAUUCCCAUAUAUUUAACAAUAGUAAUAAUGGUAAUAUUAAUAUAAACGGCUCUGACUUAAACAACUCUACUAAUAGUUUAUGUAACGUUUUUGAAAUUGAUAACAAUGCUAAUAAUGUAAAUUUUUCUCUUAAUGAAACAAAUUAUGUUGUUUUAAAUAAUUCCUUUAAUUUAUGUAAUAAAAUUAAUAAUGUACAUUCCAAUGAUAUGAAAAACUGUAAUGGAGGAUAUAUUACCGAAAAUGUUGACAAUUUAGGGAAUAACUACAUAUAUAAUACAAAUAGUUUAAAAAAAUUAAAUGAUAAAAGAAUAGACGGAUUCGAAAAUACAUAUGUUAAUUUAGAUAAUUUAAGAUAUGAUAGCAAUAAUAAUAAUAAUGCUGUAAAUAAUUCCUUCAACUUAUCCAAUAAUAUUUAUAUGAAUAGCAAAUAUAUGAACAAUUUAACUUAUCAAAAUGAAAACAAUAUAAAAAAUGACAUUAAUUUUCUAAACAAUAUAAAUAUGCCAUCUCAAAAAUUGUAUAGUGAAUAUAAUUUUUCAAAUAAAGAUAUAGAUAUUCAAUCUAAAAAUAUACCCCAAAUUUCAAAUGAUAUAAAUAAGUUAAAUAUUGGAAACAUUGAGAUAAGAAAUAUAAAUAAUAAAGUAGAUACUUUGAACGUAGAACAAAAAAAUGAAUUUAACAAUCCCUUGAAAAGCAGAAAUACAAAUUUUCCUAUUUUAAAUGAUAAUUUAAGCACAAACAAAAUAAAAGCAGUUAAUGAUGAAACAACAAAUAUUAUAAAAAAAAAAGAAAAGAAAAAUUUGUUAAAAAAAAAAAAAAAAAGAAAAAAAAAAAUAUAUGUGUUAGAUGAUGAAAUAUGGAAUAGCAUCAAAGAUCCUAAUAUUUAUCAUAAAAUAAUUACUGGAUGUUGUAUACCUAAUUUGACUAUUUUCCCAAAUUAUAAUAUAACAUGUUUUAAAAAUUCGAAUUUAUCAAAUCCUCAUAAUCAAUUUACUAUAAUGACUUGGAACGUCUUAGCUGAAAUAUAUGGUACCAUAGAAGCCUUUCCACAUUGUGAUCCUUAUAUGUUAGCUUGGUCAUACAGAAAAACAAAAAUUAUUCAAGAAAUUUUAAACAAUAAUCCAGAUAUUGUAUGCCUUCAGGAAAUACAAAAUGAACAUUUCUUAGAUUUCUUCAAACCAUCACUAGGUGAAUUUGGUUAUGAAGGUGUUUAUAAGCAAAAAACAAAAGAAAUAUUUACUUCUCCAUCCGGAAAAAGAAGAGGAGGAAAAUAUACAAUAGAUGGGUGCGCAAUUUUUUAUAAUAAAAAAAAAUUAAAAUUUGUUGAAACAUAUGCUCUCGAAUUUAGUAAACUUAUUAAAGAAGCAUCUGUUCUAACGCUACCUAAGGAGAUACAAAAAAAUCCCUCUAUAGUUAAAAGACUUUUAAAAGAUAAUGUAGCAUUAGUUUUAUUAUUAGAGUAUAUUCAACAAUAUUCUAAAAUGUACGAUAAACAAGAAGAAAAACAGAAUAAAAAAUUAAUAAUUGUAGCAAAUACACAUAUAGUAGCUAACCCAGAAGCAAAUUAUGUAAAAAUAUGGCAAGCACAAAUUCUUGUAAAAGUAAUUGAAUAUUUAAAAAUAAAUUUUAUCAAAAAAUAUGAAACAAUCCCCAGUUUAAUAAUAUGUGGGGAUUUUAAUAGUACUCCAUCGAGUGCAGUAUAUCAGUUAAUUUAUAAAAAAACAUGUAGCAGAAAUCAUGAAGAUUUUAAUUCAGAUAAAUAUAGUUUACUAACAGAUCUUCAAUUAGGGCAUAAUUUAAAUCUUAAGUCAGCAUAUGCUAUAUCAAAACUUUUGUCACAAAAAUUAAAUCCAGAUGAUUACAAUAAUUUAGAGGUAUUUGAACCAUUAUUUACUAAUUAUACAGGGAAUUUUAUUGGUUGUUUAGAUUAUAUUUUUUAUAAUGAUGAAAAUUUAAAUAUUAUAUCAACAGUGAAUAUAGCAGAUGAAAAUCAGCUAAUGCAAGAAGCUCAGUUAUAUCAACUCUCAAAUUGUGCUUUACCUAGUCCAAUAAGACCAUCAGAUCAUUUACCUUUAAUAGCUAAAUUCGAAUUUAAAAUAUUUUAA